AAAUGCCCAUCUCAGAGCCCCCGAGUCCCUGUGCAAGGGGCGGGCCAAGGGUUGCGUGCGGCCUCCCGCCCCGCCCCGGGCUGUGCCGUGCGCGCCGCCGCUGCCGCCAGUCUGCCCCAGGGGCCCCCGCCUCCGUCCACCAGUGGGCGACCGCGUCCCCCGCCUGGGAGCGAGUCGGCGCCGCAGCCCCGCCGGGUGGGUUCAGGAGGCCUUUGGAACGCGCAGGCCAGGGACGCGCGGUGAGCCCCACGUGUGACCCACAGGGAUCCAGGCGACCUCUCUGCCAUGACACCCAGCCAAGGACAGGGGGAAUAAAGUGGGACUCCUUCCCCAUGUCCGUCCCAUGCUCAGCUCCCCAAUGGCCCGGGUGAGGGCGGAUAGGCUGCUCUGACACCAUGGGGAGCUGCUGUAGCUGCCUGGACAGAGACAGCGUACCACACAACCACCCUACCAAGUUCAAGGUGACAAAUGUGGAUGACGAAGGGGUGGAGCUGGGCUCAGGGGUGAUGGAGCUGACACAGAGUGAGCUGGUGCUGCACCUGCACCAGCGGGAGGCUGUCCGCUGGCCCUACCUCUGCCUGCGGCGCUAUGGCUACGACUCCAACCUCUUCUCCUUCGAGAGUGGCCGCCGCUGUCAGACAGGCCAGGGGAUCUUCGCUUUCAAGUGCUCACGGGCUGAGGAGAUCUUCAACCUGUUACAGGACCUCAUGCAGUGCAACAGUAUCAACGUGAUGGAGGAGCCAGUCAUCAUCACGAGGAACAGCCACCCCCCAGAGCUCGACCUCCCUCGGGGGCCCCCACAGCCUGCCAGCUACACCGUCUCCAGCUUCUCCAAUGGCUUCCCUGGCUGCCCUGGAGAGGGCCCACGGUUCUCUGCUCCCCGCCGACCCUCCACAAGCAGCCUGCGACACGCCUCGCUUGGGGAAGAGUCCACCCAUACCCUCAUUGCCUCCGAUGAGCAGUCCCACACCUAUGUCAACACACCAACCGGCGAAGAGGACCACCGCAGGAGUCGCCACUGCCUGCAGCCACUGCCUGAGGGGGCACCCUUCCCACCACAGACACGGGGUUCCAACCAGCAGGACCCACAGGUGUUCUUGCAGCCAGGGCAGGUCAAGUUUGUUUUGGGCCCUACCCCUGCUCACCGACAGGUGAAGAAGUGCCAGAGCCUCUGCCCCAGCAUGCACGACCCUCCCCACCACAACAACAACAACGAGGGCCCUUCAGAGUGCCUGGCCCAGCCCAAAUGCACCUAUGAGAAUGUCAGCGGGGGCCUGCGCCAAGGGGCUGGCUGGAGACUGAGCCCGGAGGAGCCAGGGUGGAGCGGCCUGGCUCACCGGCGGGCGGCCCUGCUGCACUAUGAGAACCUGCCCCCGCUUCCCCCUGUAUGGGAAAGCCAAGUCCAGCCGCUGGGCAGGGAGGCCGGGGAUGACGGGGACUCUAGGGAUGGGCUCACGCCAUCCUCAAAUGGCUUCCCUGAUGGUGAGGAGGAUGAAACCCCACUACAGAAACCCACCAGCACCCGGGCCUCCGCCCGUAGCCACAGCAGCUUCCCCGUCCCAUUGACCCGCCGCCGCCGAGGCUCUCCCAGGGUCUUCAACUUUGAUUUCCGCCGGCCGGGCCCUGAGCCCCCACGGCAGCUCAACUACAUCCAGGUGGAGCUCAAGGGAUGGGGCACAGGCCGUUCCAAGGGGCCCCAGAAUCCCUCAGUGUCUGGAGCUCCCGGGCCCACCCCGCACCCAGCUCGCAGCUCAGACUCCUAUGCCGUGAUUGACCUCAAGAAAACCGUGGCCAUGUCCAACCUGCAGAGGGCUCUGCCCCGAGAUGACGGCACUGUGAGGAAGACGCGGCACAACAGCACCGACCUGCCUCUGUAGCCCUGGAUCUCCGCCUGCCUGCCUACAGCAGGGAGACCUCCUCCUCACCCACCAGCCCAGCUUUGCAGAGGACACUGGGAGGGACCAGCUGUUCCCCUGCAUUGCUGGAGUCCCCAACUGAGUGUCCAGUUCCCCAAGCUGGGGAGAGGAGAGGGUGAACCGGAGAGGAGGGAGCCAUGGUGUAAACUGUGAAGGGUUCCCCAGGUUGCAUUUCGCACCCUUCCUAAUGUCCAUUUGUCUAGUCUGUCAGCUGUCUGUGUGUGUAUGUGUUUUCUUUUUUCCGAUUAUUUGCCUUUUUUUUUUUUUUUUGGUUGGAGUUUUGAAACAUUUUGUACCUGUUGGUUUUAUUUAUCAGUUUAUUUUUCUAUUUAUUGUUUUAAAUGUAA